AUGACUGCCACCGAAUUGAGAAGCUUUACUAACAAUAAUUUAACUAAGAUAAAAGCUGAGUUUGAAAAUAAUCAGAAAGUUCGCGAAAUCAAUGGUUUUGUAUCAUCCAAAACCAUUGGAACAGACUACAGCUACAAACACGAGAUAGUGUGGAAAAACGCUAUUGGAUUCUUGAUUUUGCAUAUUCUGUGCCUGUGGGGUGUUUUCAUAGCGGUUACAGGAAAUGUGCAAUUCAUUACUCUUCUUUGGGCCUACGUGGUAUUGUUUAUUAGUGCAGAAGGCAUCACAGUUGGUGCUCACCGGUACUACACUCACAGGACAUUCAAGGCUCGCCCUCUGUUGCAAGCCAUCUUAUUAACAGCUCAAACUAUGGCGGGACAGAACUCGAUGUUCAUCUGGUGCCGCGACCACCGGCUGCACCACCGCUACUCGGACACUGACGCCGACCCGCACAACGCCAAGCGAGGCUUCUUCUUCUCUCACGUCGGCUGGCUCAUGACCAAGAAGCACCCGCUGGUCAUGGAGCUCGGGAGGAGGCUGGAUAUGAGCGACCUGCAGGACGACUGGAUGGUGCAGUUUCAGAAAAAGUACUACUAUCCCCUGUACGUCUUGUUCGCGAUACUGAUCCCUGUGUGGGUCCCCGUGCACUUCUUCGGGGAGUCCUGGUUCCACUCUCUGAUGGUGGUCUACUUCGCGCGCUACGUCAUCAUGCUGAACGGCACCUGGCUCGUCAAUAGUGCAGCGCAUAUAUACGGGACCAGGCCUUAUGACCAGAAUCUUCAGCCAGUCGAGUCGUGGAUAGUAUCACUGAUAGCGUUCGGGGAAGGUUGGCACAACUACCACCACGCGUUCCCGUGGGACUACAAGGCAGCAGAACUGGGCGGAUUCAUCAAUCCGUCCACUCACGUUAUACACUUCUUUGAAAAACUUGGUCUGGCUUACGACUUGAAGUCUGCUUCACCGGAAAUGGUGAAAAACAGGAUAGUCAAGACAGGCGAUGGGACACACUAUGUGCUAGGAUACCCUGAGAACAAGGCAGCGGUGACCACUAGCUUCGGCCCAGUUCACCCCCUCAACCCCACUUAUACUGCAGUCUACACCGCCCCAGAAGUGAACCUGAAGCAGGAGGGUCUCCCGUUGUUCCAUGAGAAGGACAUCAUGAGCGCCAGCUGGGAUGAUGGAAUGAGACAGAGAAACGUUGGCUCUGGAUAGAUGAUCAAAAGUAUUCCGAUUUUCAGGUGAUGUGCGUAUGUGAUGGGAUUUUGAUGCCACGGACAAAUAUGAAUUUAAUUUAGACUGAGACAAAUUUUGUAUUUUUAAUUAGAAUACUAUAAACGACUAGGUUAUUAAUUUAAGAAUAAUGUAACUUUAUGCUAGUUGAUGAAUGUAUUUAGA